UCCACGCCCCAAAUGUAUAUGUGCUCCUUUGGGGAGACCUCGACAACUCAGUAUGUUCUGCAAUUCUUAUUUUAAUUUUAUGUUAUUUAACGAGAUAUUACAUGGGUAGCCUAUUGUAGACGACUAUAUUUUAUCCAGCAUUUUAGUUGUUUUUGGCAAACGUGUAAUGAAGUAAAAACUAUUUAAUUUUCCAAGUAUCAGAAAAGUCGGUAUGAAAAUAGCGCUGAUCUUUAGCCAUAUAUGGAGCGUGGGUAGAACGCCUUGCCGGCAGCGAACAGAAAUGCGGACCAAUAGACGUUUGUGUAACAGACUGGCUUCAGAGAUCAGAUACCGCCCCGCCCCCUGCCGUCUCCACUCAACUAAUGUCAGAUAGCACAAGCAGAUAGUUUAGUUAAACAGCAGCGGAGAUGAACGGUGCGCCCAACAAUAACUAAACAGAACAGUUAUUAUUAAUUGUGUUUUAGUUUAUUCCGAUGACCGAAUAUAUAUCUUGCUCAAACCUUCCCAAGGUAUCGCAUUUUGAGAUCUCCCUGGAUGCAAUAGUUCGUUCUCAACAUGUUUGCCGGCGCAGCGACCUCGACUCCUUUCUCAGUCAGGGAUAUUUUAAAUCUUCAACACCAUCCUGACAUGGCCUCGCUGGGUGUCUCCUCGGGGCUGGACUCGCCUCCCUCCCCUGCUUCUUGUAUGCUGGAGCGGACCAAACAGCAACACUACAGUGAAACCCCGUCCGUUAGCGCGUACGACGAACCACUGUCCAAAAUGAAUUCUUGCAAAAACAAUCCCGACUAUUCGAGCACUUCCUACGUUAAUGAUUAUUUGGAAAUCAGUAACAGCGAAGCGAAGCCAAGCAACGGACUGACGGGAAAAAGUGAUAAGGAAUGCCGGAUGAUGGAAGUUAAUUUGGAGAAGGACGGACAGAAAGCGGACGGAGCCGAGCGGCCCCGGAGACGGAGGAGAAAACCACGCGUCCUCUUCUCCCAGGCGCAGGUCUACGAACUGGAGAGGCGCUUCAAACAGCAAAAGUAUCUCUCUGCGCCCGAGAGGGACCACUUAGCAAACAUACUGAAGCUCACCUCCACCCAGGUGAAAAUUUGGUUUCAAAACCGCAGAUACAAAUGUAAAAGGCAACGCCAGGACAAGUCGCUGGAAAUGGUAGGCCUCCCGCCUCCGAGGAGAAUCGCAGUGCCUGUGCUGGUCAGAGACGGGAAGCCGUGCCUGGGAGAGUCUUCGCCUUAUAACUCGCCAUAUAACAUGAACAUCAGUCCUUACGCUUAUGGCACUUAUGCGAACUAUACCAACUACAGUGGAGGGGCCGCUUCUGCCAACUACAGCUGUAACUACCCAAGUGUACAAGCCGUGCCCCCGUCCACAGCGGCUGGCAGCUUUAUGAAUAUGAAUUUCACGGUCAAUGAUUUGAGCAACGCGAUGCAGACUCAAAUCCACCAGAAUUCUGGAGUUUCUACGUUGCAUGGUAUCCGAGCCUGGUAAUGCUAACUGUGGCUUAGCAUAGCACGAAUUUCGUGUUCCACUGGCUAGUUGCACUGUUCAAUCAUUCUUCGACCGAACGUCGAGGAAGACAGCCGUUUUCCAUAUCGAAAUCGGAGAAUUGGUAACUUACCAAAGGGUUCAAAGCCUGUUAGCAUAGCAAGCAAGCCCUCGGUACUUCGGACAAGGAAGAAGGAUGUUUUCAUUUUAUCUUCUUCAGAAACUUUUAUUUUGCCGUAUUUCAUUUCACUGAAUGAAUUUGCGUCCCUAUUUAAUCUCUAGAAUAUUAUUGUAUGAAGUACAUCACAUUGCAUAUUAUCCCGGAUUGCACCAAAUGCAACAUAAGGCAUAGGUGAUAGCAACAUCGCGGAUUCUUGUUAACAGACUACAGUUGCAUAGAAGCAAACCUGCCAAAACCCAUUGUAAUCUAUCGGCUUGUUCAUACAACAUCUGGAUUUCAUGUUUCAAAACAACUUUUUAUUGUAUUUGUAUUUCGUAGUCCAGUGUAAAUAUGGUUAAGAGUAAUUGGUUCAUUUAGGGUUAAAGAUGUUUUAUUAUUAUUGAUGAAACCACUUUGUACAGUCUUCGCAACCCCGAAUUCUGAGUUAAUUAGCAAUAUGUCAAGUAGAAAAGAUGACUAUAAAAUUAUGCACUAAUAUUGCCAUUUUCUAUCUUUAGCUUUCCCUUUUACCAACAAUGUAUAAAAUUAACUGUAAGAAAGCUACUACAAUGUUGCUUGCAAUCUCCAAAAAUAAUGAUCAAAUUGUAAAUUGAAGUAUAAAUCACUGCUGUUCCAACAGUAAAUAGUGUGCAAUCUGGCUGUUCGGUUUGUUCAUUAUUUUUUCCAUAAUCUGUUUAAUAUAUUAUUACUUUAGUUAUCCUGAACUUAAAUUAAAGAUAAUGCGUUCACGCUUUUGGAACUUUA